UCAACUAGCUAAAACAUUUUUAAAAUGACCUUGACAGGAUGUGGCGUCUCGACCUUUGUGCCGGAAGAGUUAUGAAAGUGAGGCUGUGUCUGUACAUCCGCCAUUUCAGAGAAUCACUGAUUCGGUGAUCCUCCCAAAAAAGAAAAUGGGCCGUCACUUUGGAGACUUGGCCAGGAUCAGGCACAUCAUCACCUACAGCCUGUCCCCUUUUGAGCAGAAGGCGUUUGCAAACUACUUCUCAAAAGGAAUCCCCAAUGUGUGGAGACGGUUCAGUUCUCAAGUUUUUAAAGUGGCACCUCCGUUUAUUGUGACGUAUGUAACCUACACCUGGGGAAACCAUGUGCACCAGCAAGGCAAGAGGAAGGUGGCAGCAGACUAUGAAAAUGACGUGUAAAAACCAUUGUCUUCACACACUUGAGCUCAAUUGUACUGUUUCUUGUUUUUGACCUGUACCUCAUGCAAAUAAGACAAUAUUUAUUCACGAUUUGACAAGUAUUUUGCAGUUUGUCUGGCAAAUUGUCACGUUAACCGAUGGAAUUCAUCAGUGAAUCGGUUGUUAAAUAUAAUAAAAGCUUGAUCAAAUUGUCCUGUGA